UCACACACCCACACACACCCACUAACUCUCUCAUACGUGUGUGUGUGAGUGUGUAGGACCCAGACGCCCCUAUCAGACAGAAGCGGCCGCUGGCAGACCUGGACAGGGAGGAUGACUCCCGGCUGCUUAAGUACCUGUUCACCCUCAUCAGAGCAGGCAUGACGGACGAGGCCCAGAGGCUGUGUAAGCGUUGUGGUCAGGCGUGGAGAGCAGCUACUCUGGAGGGCUGGAAGCUGUACCACGACCCCAACAUCACCUCCGGCGGUACAGAGCUGCAGCCAGUAGAGGGGAAUCCUCAGAGGUGUGUGUGGAAGGUCUGCUGCUGGAGGAUGGCAGAGGAGGAACAUUUUAACAGAUAUGAGAGAGCCAUCUACGCUGUCCUGAGUGGCAACCUCAAACGGCUGCUGCCGGUGUGUGAGUCGUGGGAGGACAGUGUGUGGGCGUACCUGCGUGUGCUGGUGGACACCCUGGUGGAGCAGGAGGUGCGGUCCUCAGGCAUGGCUCACGACGAGCUGGACACGCUCCCCAGAGACUACCUGGAGGCCAACUGGACUCUGGAGAAGGUGUUUGAGGAACUGAAGGCCACCGAAUCCAAGAGGGUGGAGGAGGAGACCAGAGAGCACUACCACGUCAUCCAGAAGUUCAUCAUCCUGGGAGACUUGGACGGCCUUCUGAAAGAGUUCAGUGAUUGGCUGUGUGGGCCCAUGCCCCUCCCCUCUCACCUGCUGCGCUUCAUGACACACCUGGUGCUGUUCUACCGUAGUAUGGGGACCCACCUGAAGGAGGAGGUGUGUGUGGAUGUGCUGAAGGCGUUUGUCAGCCUGCUGGGCCGGGAGAAGCAGGCGGAGCUGCUGCCAUUCUACUGCAGCCACCUUCCCGCCCCCCUGGCCACCGCCUCCUACGCCCUGCACCUGGAGGGCGUGGCCGACUGCUCUCAGAGACGACGCUGCCUGGAGCUGGCUCGCCAGGCUGGUCUGGAGGUUGCCGCGGUGACGAAGCUGGUGGUGGAGAAUGUCAGAGAGAGAGACGAUCAGGAGUUUGUUCAUCACGACCUCAGCCCCGCCCUGGAUACAGGAACCUCCCCGGAGGACCAGAAGAAGAUCGAUGUGAUUGAUUGGCUGGUUUUUGACCCCGCCCAGAGGGCGGAGGCACUGAAGCAGAGCAACGCCAUCAUGAGGAAGUUCCUGGCCUCUAAAAAGCACGAUGCAGCCAAGCAGGUGUUCUCCAAAGUUCCAGAAGAUUCCAUGAAGGAGAUCUACCAGCAGUGGGAGGAGCAAGGCUCGGCCACGCCCCUUCCUGCCGAGGAUGAGAAUGCUAUUCGUGAGCACCUUUGUAUACGGGCCUACCUGGAGGCCCACGAGGCGUUUAACGAGUGGUUCCGGCAGGUGAGCUGCCCCCCCCAGCUGCCCUCUCUGCCGCCCCAGGCCUCCUUCACCCAGAAGGUGGCUCACGAGAUGAGGGAGAAGGACUACCAGAUGGAGUAUGACACCUGGAAUGGCCGUCUGGACUCUCUGACAGAGGAUGUGAAGGAGAGGAUCUACAACGUGCUGCUGUUUGUAGACGGAGGCUGGAUGGUCGACGUGAGAGAGGACUGUGAGGAGGACCCGGAGCGUGUCCACCAGAUGGCGCUGCUGCGGCGUCUGUGUCUGCCCCUGGUGUGCUUCCUGCUGCUCAGUGUGCUGCAGAGGACCCAGCGCCUGCCGGAGAGCCUGCGCCUCGCUGACAUCAUCGCCUCCGACCAGCACCGCCUCUACCAGGUGUUCUCUAAGGAGGAGUUGAGGAAGUUCUUACAGAAGAUGCGGGAGUCGUCUCUGCUCCUAUUGGACAAGGGCUUGGACCCCCUGGGGUACGAGGUCCAGGCUUGAAGAGCAAACACACACACACUUUCUAACACACACACACACACACUUUCACACACACACACACACACACACACACACACACACACACACACACACCUGUGGUUCUGUUGUUCCUUUCUUUUGUUGACAUGUUUUUGUAGCACCCAGCCCCACCCUUAAAACAAUCAGGUGAAUGAAAAAAUGUCCUUGUUUUGUAUGAA